AUGUCUCUCUCUGUCUCUCUCUGUUAAGCUGUUUGGUGUAUAUAUAAGUAAUCUUCCCCCACAAAAAUUACUAUAUUCUUCGCCAUUGAUUCCAAGCUAAAUCUGCUACGGAGAGGCUUUCUUACUGUUCUUCUUAACUAUAAGCUACUCUCAUUUUUUGGAUUAUGGAGAUUCUUCUUCUUCUUCUUCAUCUUUUUCUUCCAAUUGACCGGCAGAUUUGAGAAUUGAUGAGGGCUCGAGGGAUUCAAAUACAAAAGAACAAACUAUGAAGGCCAAGGAAAUGCACCCUCUUUGUUGCAUCUCGGUGGAGAGUUUCGGAGUCGGAUGCGCCGGCGAUGGAGACCAGUCGACUGAGGAGGCUGCGGCGGCGGCGGCUGCUCUCUGCAGGACCAAGAGCAUGCCCGCCAGUUUAGCCGCUUUUUCCGAUGGAUCUCAUGCGAAUGUUAUCAGACGGCCACCGGGAUCCAAAUCCACAGUCGCUGGAGUUCUUCACAAGUGGACCAAUUACGGGAAAGGGUGGAGAUCCAGAUGGUUUCUUCUCCGUAAUGGCGUAUUGUCCUACGCCAAGAUUCGCCGCCCUGAGAAUCUGAAUCUUCUUGCUUCAAACAACGACUAUCGAUUGAUCGGAGAGAUUUCAAGCAAUAGGGUCCCGAGGGGAGACGAGAACGGCGGAGGGAGGAGGAAGCACCAAAAAGCGGUGGGAGUGGUUCAUCUCAAGAUCACAUCAUUUCGAGAGAGCAAGUCUGAUGAUCGGAGGUUUUAUAUCUUCACUGCUACAAAGACUCUUCAUUUGAGAACUAAUUCAAAGAGUGACCGAGAGGCAUGGAUUCAAGCCUUGGCUUCUUCUAGUCGCAGCAUAUCUCCUCUAACAUCGCUGAAUUAUAAUCUCACCACCGUGACGAGUGAUUUAUCGGUAUCGACUGACCGACUGAAGGAGCGUUUAAUUGAAGAGGGAAUUGGUGAAACUCUUGUUAAGGAUUGUGAACAGAUAAUGCUGUCCGAAUUCUUGGAAAUUAGAGGGCAGCUUCAAGUUCUAUGUGAUGAACGAUCUAACUUGCUUGAUACAAUCAGGCAGUUAGAGGCUGCUAGUUUUGAAGCUGAAGCUUCUGGAAUGAAUGAUGGAGAAUUUCAACUGAUGAAGCAUGAUCUUUCCUCUGAAGAACGUGGAAAAUAUAGUGAAUGCAGCACCACGGAAUCAUCGGAUGAUAUCGAGAAACAAGAGCUCGAGGAGGAGGUUUCAGACGAAGACGAAAUGUCCUUUUACGACACCAGAGAUUCUUUCCCUGAAAAUUCUGUCUAUGGCCAUGAUAGCAAGGCUGAAAAUUCUGGCACAAUGGCUGCUAACAUGGAGUUACAGAACAGAUACUCGCACGUUCAAAGAAGGAAACGGCUUCCCGUUCCGGUGGAGAAGGAGAAACGAGUCAGCCUUUGGUCAAUGAUCAAAGACAAUGUGGGAAAAGAUCUGACAAGAGUGUGCCUCCCUGUUUACUUCAACGAGCCAAUAUCAUCCUUGCAGAAAUGCUGUGAAGACAUGGAGUAUUCAUAUCUAUUGGACCAAGCAUACCAACAAGGAAAACAGGGAAAUAGUCUACAAAGAAUUCUGAACGUUGCAGCGUUUGCAGUUUCGGGGUAUGCUUCGUCGGAAGGUAGACACUGCAAACCAUUCAAUCCUCUGUUGGGGGAAACCUACGAAGCCGAUUUUCCAGAGAAAGGAUUUCGGUUCUUCUCGGAGAAGGUGAGUCACCACCCGACUCUGAUAGCGUGCCAUUGCGAAGGGAGAGGGUGGAAGUUUUGGGGAGAUAGCAACCUUCAGUCCAAAUUCUGGGGAAGGUCAAUUCAGUUGGACCCUGUUGGAGUUCUCACACUUGAGUUUGAUGAUGGUGAAAUCUUCCAGUGGAGCAAGGUAACAACAAGUAUCUAUAAUCUCAUCCUUGGGAAAGUAUAUUGUGAUCACCAUGGAACCAUGCACAUUCGUGGCAAUAGGGACUAUUCGUGCAACCUCAAGUUCAAAGAGCAAUCAUUUCUCGACCGAAAUCCUCAUCAGGUUCAUGGAUAUGUUGAACAUGUUUCUGGGAAAAAAGUUGCCACGUUGUUCGGGAAGUGGGACGAUAGCAUGUAUUAUGUAAAUGGUCACGAGAAUGUAAAUUCAAAGAGUUGUGAUGGUGGUACUUUGUUAUGGAAAAGCAGUGAACCGCCGCAUGAUCCGACUCGAUACAACUUGACUUCAUUUUCGAUCACUUUGAAUGAGCUGACACCGGGGCUCAAGGAGAUGCUCCCUCCCACGGAUUCCAGACUCCGACCAGACCAACGACAUCUAGAAAACGGCGAGUACGAUAAAGCCAAUGCCGAGAAGCUACGGUUGGAACAAAGGCAAAGAAUUUCGAGGAAGUUGCAAGAGAACGGGUGGAAGCCAAGAUGGUUCGAGAGAGAAGGGGAAGAUGGACCCUUUAGGUAUGCUGGAGGAUAUUGGGAAGCAAGGAACGCAAGCAAAUGGGAUGAUUGCCCAGACAUAUUUGGGGAAUUGAAUCAUUAGGAGGAUUCUGGAUAUUAAUGAUAUGUGUAUUGUUGUACGGCCAUUCUUUUUCAUAUUUUGAAGGUAUAAUGUUUGGGGGAGAGGGGUUGGGUCGUCCAUUGAUUAGCUCUGUUGUAAUCUCUUCCAAAUACAAAAUGCAAAAAAAAAAAAAAGGGACAAUAAUUGAUGUACCAAAUCUUGCUUCC